AUGCCCCUGCUUCUACUUUUCACGCUCAGCUCAGUUCAUCGCAUCAUUCAUCCAUUCAAACUUUCCGACCCCACCGCCAGCCUCCUUCUCGAUCCCAAUGCAACACAAACAUCCCGAAUCAGCGGUCGCGAGAAGGGUUGCCGCGCAAAACCCAGCGAAAGGCGAUGUCUGUCUUGUGCGCCGACACUGGAAGCUGGCUCUUGGGGCUUAUCUGACGAUGGUCCUGGCCGGUACUAUGGUAUACGCUACAUUCGUACCGUGGCAGCGGGUGUGAAACCUUUCGACCUGGCAAAGAGGUCGUGGGGAGGUUUCAAUGAGCGCCCCACCACCGCCAAGUGUUACCAGCAAGAGCGGACAGCCAUGAUCCUCUCAUUUCUGCUGGGCUCGUUCGGAGUAGAUCAGUUUUACGCACACCAUUGGCCUCUGGCCGUCUUCAAGCUACUCACUCUUGGUGGCGGCGGAGUCUGGUGGCUUGUUGAUGUUAUUCUUUGGAUGGUUGGUGGCGUUUACGGCACUCCUGGCUGCCCCGGUGGGGGCAAACAUGGCUGGCAGUACUAG